GUGGGGAUUUCCAGCCACUCCAACCCCCCCGAGCCCGGCUUCCCCCAUCUGGAGAGGCGACCAGUGGGCAGGGGACAGAUGAGCGAUUUCCUUCUUCUCCCUUCCUCUUUCUGUUUUUUCCUUCCAUUUAUUUUUGUAGAAAAAAAGCUUUCUGUAUUUCCCCCACCCACCCCCAGUGUGGCCUCCCUCAGGGGAGAGGAAGCAAUGACUCCUGACUUGUAUUGAUUGAUUUUUUAAUCACCAGCUGUUUCUAAGGGGGAGGAGGAGGAGGGAAGAGGGGAAGAAGGAGGCGGAAGACAAAUAAAGCUGAAGAAAUCCCAGCCAGCGCCGCUCCCCCAGGGCCUUGACCUGGACGUCCAGAUGUUCCAGCUGUGACUUCUCCACUCCCCGGAGAGACCCUCUGAAGACGCUCCAAAUCCAAAGAGAGAAGCAGAAAUGAGAAUUGGUCCCUGCCCAGUUCAGACGAGCAGAGGGUGGAGACCAGAAGAAAGGAAUACCAUCUGCCCCAUCCUCCUACCUGCCCUGGCCUUUCUCUUCCUGCCGUUGGGCAGCACCCUGCAGCCUACUCCAUUACCCUUUCCAGAGGUGAGGCUGGUGGGGGGACCCAGCCGCUGCCAGGGCCGGCUGGAGAUCUUGUACAAUGGCUCCUGGGGGACCGUGUGCGAUGAUGACUGGGACGUGGUAGAUGCCAACGUAGUCUGCCGCCAGCUGGGCUGCGGGUAUGCCCUGCCCGUGCCCUUGCCCCUUGUCUUUGGCCAGGGCCGGGGCCCCAUCCAACUGGACAACGUGGACUGCAAGGGCCAGGAGGCGGCCCUGAGUGAGUGUGGUAGCCGUGGCUGGGGUGUCCAUAACUGCUAUCACUACGAGGAUGUGGCCGUCAUGUGUGAUGAGCUCUUACCAACGGUGGCCAGGAAAGUGUUAACAAGCAGAGCCCCCAUCACCGUCACCCCAAAGAAUGGGAUAGGUGAUGGCAGCAUCCGCCUAGUGAGAGGCACCAACCCCUGUCAAGGCCGGGUGGAGAUCCUGCAUGGCGGUACAUGGGGCACUGUGUGUGAUGAUGACUGGGGGCUCCCAGAUGCCACUGUGGUCUGCCGCCAACUGGACUGUGGCAGCGCCGUGGCUUCGAAGACCAAUGCCUACUUUGGCUAUGGCACAGGCCACAUCUUGCUAGACAACGUCCACUGCGAUGGCCGAGAGCUGCGGCUGGCAGCGUGUCCCAGCCUGGGGUGGGGGAUCCACAACUGUGGGCACCACGAGGAUGCUGGUGUCAUCUGCUCAGGACACAGUGUCCCCACUAUUAUGUCCUCACCAUCCCUGGUCACCCAUGAUGGCAAGGUCAGGCUCACCGAACCAGCCACAGUAACAGAAGCUGCUGUGGAGCCCACUAGGGAAACCACUAUCCUUACCAUGGCCCCAGGAAAGAAAAGUGGCCGUCUCCGCCUGGUCAGCGGGAGUGGACCCUGCCAGGGCCGUGUGGAGGUUCUCCAUGAAAGCCGCUGGGGCACUGUGUGUGAUGAUGACUGGGACUUUGCCGAUGCCCAGGUAGUGUGCCGGGAGGCGGGCUGCGGGAGAGCGGUGGGGGCCACUGUCCUGGCCUACUUCGGCUAUGGGAAGGGCCCUGUCUUACUGGACAACGUGGACUGCACGGGCAUGGAGACCCACCUGGCAGACUGUUUCCACCUGGGCUGGGGCCAGCACAAUUGUGGACACCAUGAGGAUGCUGGUGCCAUCUGUAGGGAGCCAGGGGUAGAAGAGUCAGGACAACAGAUCUGGCAGGAUGUUCCUGAGACGACAACAAAGGUGAUUGCCAGUGUACCUCCCAGGGAUGGCCAUCUCCGCCUGGCAAAUGGCAGUCACCGGUGUGAGGGUCGGGUGGAGCUAUAUCUCCUGCGUCAGUGGGGCACCAUUUGUGAUGAUGCCUGGGACUUGCGGGCUGUGGGGGUGGUGUGCCGCCAGCUGGGCUGUGGGGAGGCCCUGGCGGCCCCUGGAGAGGCUCAGUAUGGCCCAGGCCAGGGCCUCAUCCUCCUGGACAACGUCAAAUGUCGGGGCAAUGAGGCCUCUCUGCUCCGAUGCUCUCACAUCCGAUGGAACGCACACAACUGUGACCAUGCUGAGGAUGCUGGGGCCCAGUGCCAGCCACGGUGAUCCCUCUCAUCUCCGCCCUCUGGCUCUCUUCCCAGCAGCCCUCCAUAGCCUUGGGUGCAAGAGCAAGGCUCCCCCACCUCUCCAUGGGAAAGGGCCCUCACUGACGCCAGGGGUCCCCUCCUGUGGAGUGGGGACAGGGGCUCACACACAUCCAGACAAUGCCAGACAAAAAAAAUAACCCCAGGUUGGAGUUUUCAUCCCUUCUCCAUCACAUACUCAUUUCACAUCCCUGGGCCUCAGUCUCCCCCAUUUGUAUCAUGGGGGAGGAAACAUCCCCACCCUCGCCUCAGUUAUUGGAGCUACAGUGAACUCAAAGCCAAGGUGCCUACAAAAAUGAGAGGGGCGUCUUGGAUCGCAGCAAUGCUUCCCCCUUCCUGGGAUUACUGGGCCUGGUGACGUGGCCAGAUUCCUCUCCUUCCUGGGUCCGAAAGACAAAGAUCUUCAGGGAUUCUGAUCAGCACUGGGGGAAGGGACCAGGGGAGGAACGAGUUCCUCGGAGGUGGGGGUGGGGGCUUCAGUAGGACUUAUAGCCUCAACUCGGACACCCUUAGGAGCAUCAUGGGGAAAGACCCUCCCCCUCCUAAGAGCUCCCACCUCAGGACUAUGCUUAUCUCUCUCUGAGAAGGGGCUGGCCAGGCAUACCCCUAUCCCCACCUCUGGCCUGGGUCUUUCCCCUCCUCCCUACCCCAACAAGGGCCCUCACAAAUGGUGCUUGGAGCAUGGCGGAUGUGGAUGACAGUGUCUUCAUUUGGGGGACAAGGCUGUCAAAGACAGUGAUCGUGGCUGUAUGGCGCUCUCUGUCCCUGCCUCAAAGGUCCCCUCAUCAGGUGCAGGGGUGGAAAAUCCUCUUGUCCCCAUGAGGAAGGGGAAACUCAGGAGCAAGGGAGUGAUUUCUCUAUCCCUUGGCACCCUUUCCUCCUACAGGACACAGCACCCACCUCCCCACUGGGCAAGUCAGUAGUCAGGGGCCCUGAGCCUCCACGCCAGGCAGGGAAUCUGUAGCCACCAAGUUAUAG